AUGACACACUCGGAUAACUCGAAAGCCAGCGGUGGCCCAUCCCUGCAGCAGCAAUCAUCACGACGUUCUUCAGGAAGAAAACGGUCUUAUCCAUCACCCUCUUCCAGCUCGUCACCCAGCACACAAUCCGAUCGAACGCUUGUAGAUGACGAUGACACUGAUAGCUCUACAUCCAUCCCACGUGCUGUUGUUCAAAAGCAAAGGCGCUUGAAUACUGCUACUAUGCGUGGCAACCAAGUCUCACUUCAACGUAGCGUACCAGCGUUCCUCAACAAGUUAUUCAGUAUGGUGAAUGACCCAACGACGGACGACAUGAUUCGCUGGUCGAAUGAUGGCACGUCUUUUAUAGUCCAAGGUCAUGAAGAGUUUGCAAAGGUGGUGUUACCACGCUUUUACAAGCAUAAUACAUUUGCAUCCUUUGUACGGCAACUCAACAUGUACGACUUUCACAAGAUCCCUCAUAUCCAACAAGGCGUGCUUAUCAGCGACUCCAAACAUGAAAUUUGGGAAUUCAAUAACCCAAACUUUCAACGAGGGCGUCCCGACCUGCUGACAUUGGUCGCACGCAAGCGUAACCGUGAUCGCAAUGGCUCUGAUAGCCAAGUUAGCCUUUCAACCAUUGUACAAGAUAUCGAACAAAUUCGCCGUCAUCAAUCAGCCAUUAGUGCAGACUUGCAUAAUCUUCGUCAGGACAACCAAGUCUUGUGGGAAGAAUCUUUUGCAGCAAGAGAAAAGCAUCAGCAGCAUCAAGAGGUGGUUACAAAGAUAUUGCAAUUCCUUAUGGCUGUCUUUUCUAAAGAUCGUCCACCAAGUAAGGUUCAAGAACAAUUACUUUCUACUCUACUUGAGCUCACCACCAGCUAUCAAGUCGCAGCAGCAGCAGCAGCCGCUGCAGCUGUUGCUGGCAGUUCUUCUGCAGGCAAUCUUAUCAAGGAAGCAGCAUCACUCGCAGGCAUGGAUGUUAGCAAUACAACAACAACAACAACAACAACAACAACACCAUCAUCAGGUCAAGAAGAAAAGCUUUAUCAGGAACCAAAUGCAACUACUACCAAUGGUGCGGGUAUGUAUGCGUAUCCUAAUUCAAGCAAGCUCGAUCUCUUGAUGGCCGCUUCCAAGGCUCUCAAUUUGUCAUUACAUGAGGCUCACUAUCAAAUGCCAGGAUCAUCUUGUGCACAAUCAUCAACGCCAACACCAGGUAUAUCAUCAACGUCUACAUCAACAACAGCAACAGACUCUAUCAAGGAACCAAGCAAUAAUGGUGAUGAUUAUUAUUCAAGGACAAGUACUGCUGCUGCAUCAUCCACCACCACACCUUUUUUCCCAUCGUUUCCUGGAUCAUCAGCAAUGGAUGCUGCCUUUGGAACGAUGCCCUAUUUGCCACCAGAGCCACCCCAGCUGGCAGAUAUGGGUCCGGUAGGUGCGCCAACAGCAACCAUUGAUACAGCUACACGUUCUGUCAAGGCUAUUUCGGAUGAGAUUGACGAUUUGCAAUCGACCGUUGAAUCCCUUGCCAACAAUUUGGGUAUUGACCCAAGCUUGCUUACCACCUCAGACUUGAUGAAUAGCCCAUACUAUAGCCAAUUUACUACCGAUUACAGCAACAUGAUUUCAUCGGCCACAGAGAUCGAACGCAACCGGCUCUUUGAGCUUGCAAGAAUCAAAGAUGCGGAAGCGGCUGCCCAUGCAGCAGCAGCAGCAGCCUCAGCAGCCCAUCAGACACCUUUGGCAGCACGAAGGGCUUCAUCCAACAAGGUGCCUUCUCCAGUGUUACGUACCAGCAUCAAUGCAUCCUUUGAUACAGGUCGACCUUCUGUAACAUCCGCUGUACCUAUCCCAGUGCCUGUACCCGUUGCCGUGCCAACCAGUGUUCCCACAGCAAUGCCACAACAUGCAGUUGGCGUCGAUCCGAUGGCUACAACAACAACAACAGCUGCUGCCAACAUGUUCCACAAUUAUCGGAUAGACAAUGAAACCCAAAACAACAACAACACCAAUGAUAACACUGGCGAUGGAUCAUCCUCUGCAGAAACGAGUGAACCUUAA